GCUUAGUGUGGGAUUGUGCCUCUGAAUGCAACAGGUGAAUUUUAAAUGUGAAGUUAACAAACAAAAAUAGGUGGUUAUUAGACGUAUUCAAUCGUACUCGUAUCCAAACGCUGCAGAUAUUCUUGUGGACUUGAGUGUUCUUGGUCUCACUGGCCUAUUAAAAUUGGAUCAAUUGCAGAUUAUAGUUCAAAAGGAUAUCUCACAUCCUUGCUUCCUGGGGCAGAACAAUUAUGUGUGAAUCGAAGAAGGAGACAAGAUUAAGUACGGGGUCUAACAUGAGUACAGGAUCACCCUUCUCGAUUGGAUCAAGUCUCGGGAGUCCUGACCCAGACCAGGAUUGCGUAUCUGAGAAAAUGCUUGAAAAUGAAGGAGAAAAAAACGCCCAGCCGCCAGUGGGCGCUGAUGAUGGGAGUAAUAUCCAAGAUGCCGUAACAAACGUUUUGAAAGGUUACGACUGGUCACUCGUCCCCAUGCCAAUGAGAGGGCCAAAUGGUGAAAAACGGAAGCCACAUAUAAAGAGACCCAUGAAUGCAUUCAUGGUGUGGGCCCAGGCCGCAAGACGCAAGUUGGCCGAUCAGUACCCCCAACUUCACAAUGCCGAACUCAGCAAAACACUUGGCAAACUUUGGAGACUACUGGGUGAGCCAGAAAAGCGUCCAUUUGUUGAAGAAGCUGAGAGAUUACGUCAACAGCAUAAGAAGGACUAUCCCGACUACAAAUACCAACCUCGUCGUAGAAAACCCCUCAAAGGAAUGCAAGGAGGGAUGCAAGACCUACAAAAUCCACCAAUAUCAAGUUCUGUGAUUUUCCGAGCUCUUCAAGAAGGAGGCAAUGGACUGGAUGUGGCAGAUUGUAUGGGUGGGGGACAACGUGGUGGCUCACCACAGGACCCUCUUACUCCACCCACUACCCCCAAUACAAGUGAAGGUGUGGGGACAGGACGUCCUAGUGGACACCCAGCCACCAGUCAACCCAGACACCCAGGUCAGAACAUUGACUUCAGCAGAGUGGAUCUUGGUGACCUCAGCCAUGAUGUCAUGGAAACCUUCGAUGACACAGAACUAGACCAAUAUCUCCCAGUCAAUGGUAAACCUAGCAACAAUCACCAUAGCAACAGUAGUGAUGGUAACUAUAGCAACUACCCAAAUUCUGAAGGUGAUGGUCAGUGUCCCCCAGUGACAACAGCCCCUACAUGGAUGAUGUCUUACAGAGUCUCAGCGACUGCUAAUGCCCAGAUUUAUAGUGUGGCUUCCAAUAACAACACUCAUGGUAACCAUAGCAACCUAAAUGUAAACAUUCCGGGCAAUGCCACUGCUCCACAUGGCUACCAUGGCAACCAGUCUGAUAUGGGUAAAUUCCCGAGCCCCCCACCUGCACACCAGGUCAAGGUUGAGGCCUCGGUCAUACAACAACAGUAUCAACGUGAAAGAUAUAACAUUGACAACAGAUUUGAACAUAAUUUCCGUUACUCUGGAAGUCCAAGCGAGUAUUACCCUCAUCCUCACUCUCAUCCCCACCCUCAUCACCAGGGCUACCCAGGGGAGCAAGUAGGGUACACAUCAAGUGGGGAAGAACAUCAGUCAGAGUAUAGUCCCACUUCAAACAAUAACCACAGUCCCCCUAUCAUACAUAGUCCUCCAGCCAGUAGUGACUUAGUGCCAUGGAGACAACAGUACCAGAAUGUAUAAUAUUAUAUGACAUGAACAACAGAGUGUAUGAUGUGACAUCACCAACAAAGAAUAUGAUGUGACAUCACCUACAAAGUGUAUGAUGUGACAUCACCAACAAAGUAUACGAAGUGACAUCAAAUUGCAAACCUUAUGAUGUGAUAUCAAUGACAGAGUCCAUGAUGUGGCAUCAUUGAAAAAAUUAAUGAUGUGACAUCUACGACAAAGUGCAUAAAAUGACAUCAGCAUCAGAAUGUAUGAUGUGACACCAAAACCACAACAAAUGAAAAUUAAUUUCAAUUUAGAUAAAUUAAAUCAAUACCAAAAAGCACAUCAAAGUACUUGUAUGUAUGAUUUAUCAAUCGAUAUGUAUGACAUGACACCAACAUUUAUGACAUCUAAAAUUUUUAUGAUAUGACAUCAAAUCAGAAUCCAUUAGUUCACACACCUUAUGUGUACAACACAUUAUAAGUGAACAACAUGUAAAUUCAUAUUCUCAUAUAUUUUCCCAUGUACAAAAAAAUUCAUAAUUUAUAUUUCUAGAUUACUAGUUAUAGUAGUAUUACUAGAUAUGUAUUGUAGUUGAACAACACAUAGAAGCUUCUCAAGUCAAAUUGGUAAACUAUUUAAUUUCAAUCAACCUCAAUACAUAACGUCAACUGUCAAUUAUCACAAAAUGAAAUGAUCACUUUUGUCUGUUCAUAUGGCAAAAUACCACAAGGCCUUAAUCACAUUACCCUACCCCCACACUGUAGCCUGUAUUUCUUUAAAAGGGAUACAGGCUACAGUGUAGUCGCAAAUGCAGGACACUUGUUUUUGAAG